AUGGAGUUUGGCCACUACUAUGAAAGACUUGUUGUAAAUAUGAAAGGCCAACUUCUAAGAUACACCAAGACCCUCUCCCUUGUAACCAUGCUAGACCUCUCAGGGAAUAACUUGAGUGGAGGUCUUCCUAUAGAGAUGACAAAUUUAUUGGGUUUGGUCGUUCUCAACUUGUUCUCCGGUGCUAUUCCUCAAAGCUUGGGAUCACUCUCAUUCCUGGGGUAUCUGAAUCUGUCAAACAAUGAAUUGUCUGGUCCUAUUCCUGAUAAUGAUCAUAUGCUCACUUUUAGUGCAUCCUCUUUUGUUGGAAAUGUUGGCCUUUGUGGUGGUCCACUUCUGGUAAAAUGUCCAGGUGAUGACGAAAAUGAGAAACCAGAUAAGGAUGGAUGA